UGAUGUAGUCACGUGAUCGAACCUGUGACAGGGAGCAGGCUGCGACAACAAACGUCGCUUUGUUGUUUAUUGGAUGUUUUUAACGUGAAGUGAAGCUAAACACGUUAUAACGGACCCUCAACAUGCACUUCACACACGCGCACGGAGAUAUUUAACGCUUUCCCUUCGGAUAAGACGCUUCUUGAUAGAAAACAAUGGCGGAAGUGGAGGAGGGCAGAAAACAAAGUGAGGAGUUCACAGAUGAGUCUGAGGAGGAGGACAGUGAGGAGGAGCCCAAGCUGAAGUAUGAGAGGCUCUCCAAUGGGGUGACCGAAAUCCUCCAAAAGGAUGCAGCCAGCUGUAUGACCGUCCACGACAAGUUUCUUGCCCUCGGUACACAUUUUGGAAAAGUCUUCCUGCUGGACAUCCAAGGAAAUGUCACUCAGAAGUUUGAAAUUAGUUCAGUGAAGAUCAACCAGAUCAGUCUGGAUGAAAGUGGAGAGCAUGUGGGCAUCUGCUCCGAGGACGGGAAGGUUCAAGUGUUCGGCCUCUAUACAAGAGAGGGCUUCCACGAGAACUUCGACUGUCCCAUCAAAGUGGUAGCUGUACACCCUCAGUUCACCAGAUCGAACUAUAAACAGUUUGUCACUGGGGGCAACAAGCUUCUUCUCUAUGAAAGAAACUGGUUGAAUCGCUGGAAGACGUCGCUGCUGCAUGAAGGCGAAGGCCCCAUCACUAACAUCCAGUGGAGAGCCAACCUCAUUGCCUGGGCAAACAACGUGGGAGUUAAAAUCUAUGACAUCGGCACGAAACAGCGCAUCACCAACGUGCUGCGGGAUAACGUGAGUCUGAGGCCUGACAUGUACCCAUGCAGCCUGUGUUGGAAGGACAACGCCACUCUUAUUGUUGGCUGGGGGACAUCCAUCAAGAUUUGUGUCGUGAAAGAGCGAAAUCCCACUGAGAUGAGAGAUCUGCCCAGCCGCUAUGUGGAAAUAGUGUCUGCAUUCGAGACAGAGUUUUUCAUCAGUGGCCUGGCACCUCUGGCAGAUCAGCUGGUCACCCUGUUCUUUGUGAAGGAGAACUCGGAUCAGAUGGAUGAGGAGUUCCGUGCCCGGCCUCGUCUCGACAUCAUCCAGCCUCUCCCUGAGAACUGUGAGGAGAUCUCCUCAGACGCGCUGACAGUGCGCAACUUCCAAGACAACGAGUGCAGAGACUAUCGCCUCGAGCAUUCAGAGGGAGAGUCGCUCUUCUACAUCAUUAGUCCCAAAGAUAUCGUUGUGGCCAAAGAGCGAGACCAGGACGACCAUAUCGAUUGGCUGCUUGAAAAGAAGAAAUAUGAGGAGGCACUGAUGGCUGCAGAGAUCAGCUUCAAGAACAUUAAGAGACACGACGUUCAGAAAAUCGGGAUGUCUUACAUAAACCAUUUAGUGGAGAAAGGAGACUACGACACUGCUGCGAGGAAGUGUCAAAAGGUUCUCGGGAAAAACAUGGAAUUGUGGGAAAAUGAAGUUUAUAGGUUCAAAACCAUCGGUCAACUGAAGGCCAUCAGCCAGUAUCUACCCAGAGGAGAUCUGCGUCUCAGACCAGCCAUCUAUGAGAUGAUCCUGCACGAAUUCCUCCGAACUGAUUAUGAGGGUUUUGCGACACUGAUCCGGGAAUGGCCCGGAGAGCUUUACAACAACAUGGCCGUCGUUCAGGCCGUCACAGAUCACCUGAAGAGGGAUCCCACCAACAGCACCUUGCUCACCACACUGGCUGAACUGUACACGUAUGACCAGCGGUACGACAGAGCCUUAGAAAUCUACCUGAGACUGAGGCACAAAGACGUUUACCAGCUGAUCCACAAACACAACCUGUUCUCAUCCAUAGAAGACAAGAUCGUUCUUCUCAUGGACUUUGACAAAGAGAAAGCCGUUGACAUGCUCCUAGACAAUGAAGACAAGAUAUCAACGGACAGGGUGGUCGAAGAACUUGCAGACAGGCCCGAGCUUCUGCAUGUGUAUCUCCAUAAAUCAUUCAAGCGCGACCACCACAAAGGCCAAAGGUACCACGAGAGGCAGAUUGGCCUGUACGCAGAGUACGACCGACCAAAUCUCUUACCCUUCCUGAGAGACAGCACCCACUGCCCACUUGAAAAGGCUCUUGAGAUUUGUCAGGAGAGAAACUUUGUAGAAGAGACCGUCUUCCUGCUCAGCAGGAUGGGGAACUGCAGACGCGCUCUGCAGAUGAUCAUGGAGGAGCUGGAGGACGUGGACAAAGCCAUCGAUUUCGCUAAAGAGCAGGACGAUGCCGAGCUGUGGGAGGAUCUCAUCUCUUACUCUAUUGACAAACCACCUUUCAUCACUGGCCUCCUUAAUAACAUCGGUACUCAUGUGGAUCCCAUCCUACUCAUCCACCGCAUAAAGGAGGGCAUGGAGAUCCCGAACCUCAGAGAUUCACUAGUGAAAAUCCUUCAGGACUACAAUCUACAGAUUAUGCUGAGAGAAGGAUGUAAGAAGAUCCUUGUGGCCGACUCGCUCUCGCUGCUGCAGAAGAUGCACAGAACGCAGAUGAGAGGAGUCAGGGUCGAUGAGGAGAACAUUUGUGAAUCGUGUCACGCUACUAUAUUACCAUCCGACAUGGCCAAACCCUUCAACGUGGUGGUGUUUCACUGCAGACACAUGUUUCACAAAGAAUGUUUACCAACACCAGGAACAAUCCAUGGCGUCCAGUUUUGUAACAUCUGCAGUGCGAAGAAGCGGGGGCCAGGAAGUGGCAUACUUGAGAUGAAAAAGUAAUGAGGAUUUAUGCACUCCCAGUGUUAUUAUUGACACUUUAAUCUUGCCCCAAGUUGCUUUCCCCUUCUCUGUCUUGAUCAAUAAAUAUCACUUUCCUCAGCCACUGAACUGUACACUUGCAAAAAUGCUAAACAGUUAUAUCCGAUUGUCUCUGUAUAUUUAAAACUAAAACCUGUAAAGUGCCGCACUUGUUCUGCUUCACUAAUGUGAUUUGGUGAUUGAAAAGUCUGCAACAUCUGAAAAAUAAAAUCAUAUAAAAACUG